AUCCCAACAAGAGAAACGGGAAAAUGGGAAACUUUUUCCAAUUGAGAAUUCUAAAGGCUGAUCUUUUCUAGUUUCUGUAACUGGGGUUCUAAUAAUGGGCUUUUCAGGAAAGUUUUUCUUUGUUUCUCUGUUUUUAAUUCACCUCCUUACCCUCGCUAGUUCCCAGCAAGAACUGGAGCUCAAAAAAUGUUUGUUGGACAGGGGAAACUUCACCAGUAACAGCACCUACCAGGCAAGCCUCAAUCAUAUCUUCUCUUCCUUCACCUCUGACAUAGAAAAUGAUUAUGGGUUCUACAAAGUUACUUUUGGCCAAAACUCAGACCAAGUUAACGCAAUUGCUCUCUGUAGGGGCGAUGUAAUACCUGGUGAUUGCAUUAACUGCAUCAACGAUGCUGCCGCAGAGCUCAGAAGUCUCUGUCCCAACCAGAAAGCAGCAAUUCUAUCGUAUGCCAAUUGCAUGUUGCGAUACUCAGAUCGUUCUAUCUUUGGCAUCUUGGAAAGAAGCUCCUUUAAGUUUCACUACUCGUGGAAUGGAUACAAGGCAAAGAAUAUUACUGCUUUCAAUGAUACCCUUAAUAAUCUGUUGGAUACCCUCAUAAGCAGAGCCGCAUCGGGUGAUUCUCAUCGCAAGUUUGCAACUGGGACUGCAGCAGUUCCAGAUUCAGAGCCGAUUCACGCACUUGUGCAGUGUACUCCUGAUUUGUCCCAGCAGCAGUGUACCUCUUGCUUGUCUUUUGGCAAAAUUAAACUUUGUUGUGAUGGAGAGCUAGGAGGCAGAGCAGUUGGACCUAACUGUAAUUUGAGGUUUGAAACGUAUUCUUUCUAUGAUCCUACUCCUGAUGGGCCGUCAACAUCACCAGCACCAUUGCCGCGGCCGGCGCCACCACAGUCUCCUUCGCCCUCAGAUGAUGCCCACAAAGUUGUACCAGGUACUGUAUCUCUGCUUCUUGUUGGCUCUGAGUCAACACCAGAAUUCUGAAACAUGUUGGCACUAAUGAAAGGACUGCCUGGAUUUUGCAGGAAAAGAGGGGAAUUCAUCUCGGAUUAUCAUUAUUAUAUUCAUUUCUGUUGUUGCAUUUCUCAUACUUAACAUCUGUGGCUGCACCUGCAUCAUUUUCCGAAUGAAGAAGUCAAAGAAGAGAAGGAACCUGAAAGAGGAAAUUGAACGUAACUUUUGUUCUUGGUGAAUACAUUGUUGUCUCGUUGUAGCCUAGGCUAAGAAAGUUUAAGCAAAAGG